AAGGAGGAAUUGCCGUGCGAACGGCAUUUACUUGUUCAUCUACAAGUCUACAACUCCCAAGUUCCAACCCCCCCUCUUGAAAGCUGUUCCUCACCCAACACACACAAUCUCUCUCUCUCUCUCUCAUGGGCUGCUCUUCUUCAACCCUUCGCACCAAAAACCACCCAGAACAACCACACCACCGCCCACAAUCACAAUGCUCUUGUUCUUCUUCUUCUUCUUCUUCAGCUUCCAUAAACUCCUCACCAUUCCCACUCCGAAGAGCCCUCUCUCUUGUUCAUCACCCACCUCUCAAAAAGGGCGACACCAACCACCUUGUCUCUCUCACCUCCACCACUUAUGGUUCUCUCCGUAUCAUCGACCACCCUCUUCCUUCAUCCCCAUUAUCAUACACCAAUCUCCACAGUCAGGACCAACCCCAGACAAGUCCAUCUUUUUCUCCCGACUCCGUCAUCAACACCUGGGAACUUAUGGACGGUCUUAACGAUGAAUCCCAUUCUCCUUCUUUUGCACAAAAACCACAAUCUUCAGUGAAAUUCAUAGGAGCGCAAAAGAAGCCGCUAUGGCAGCAUUUAUCAGAGGAAUCAUUGCUGGCAAAGAUGGACCCCAAUGUGGUUUCCACUUAUAGGAGAGCUCUAUCUUCUAGCAAAUUGCGCACAACGCUGCCUUUUAAGAGCCGCCCUUUGAAUUGUUCUACUUCUUCUUCACCAGCACCGGUAAAUUCCAAUUCCAAUGCUUGUUUUCUUCUCCCGGGGAGUGAAGACAAAAUCGUCGUCUACUCCACCAGUUUGAGAGGAAUCCGAAAGACUUACGAGGAUUGCUGCGCUGUUCGGAUGAUCUUCAGGGGUUUGCGCGUGGCUGUGGAUGAGAGGGACAUUUCAAUGGACUCCCAGUACAAGAAAGAGUUGCAGAAUGCAGUUAGAGGUAAAGCACCAGUGAGGCUGCCGCAAGUGUUUGUUAGAGGGAAUUAUAUUGGAGGAGCCGAGGAGGUUAAGCAACUCAAUGAGCUUGGAGAAUUGGCAUUGCUUUUGAAGGGUUUUCCUAGUGCUUCUGCGUUUGGUUGUGAUGGAUGUGGAGAUGUGAGAUUUGUGCCGUGUACUACCUGUAAUGGCAGCCAAAAGUUGUUUGAUGAAAACAAAGGGGAAUUGAGGAGGUGCCCGCAUUGCAACGAGAACGGAUUGAUUAGGUGCUCUGCUUGCUGUUUGUGAGACUCGUCAGUAGCUCAGUAAUUUGUUUUUCAUUGCAUUCAGUUUGAUGUUCUCUAGCCAAAUAUAUCAUGGCAUGUUAUCUGGGAAGAAUACGAUCAAUACAAGUCAAGCUAUUUGGAAAGAGAACAUUUUCCCAACAAAAAUGCUAUUAUGUAGCAGCUACCAAAUGCAUGAAUGCACAAUAUUUGUGUUUUGCUGCUCAUGAAUUAGCUAGUAUGCCGAUUACAGUUGCAUAUAGCAUUGUAUUUCAUUUGUUGUAACUUGUAAGACAUUUUAAACCAAACCAUGGCAUUUCAGCUGCACCUACCAUUAGGACUGCAACUUGGUCUUCUGUGCUUAGAUUGUUCUGUCUAUUUGUACCAUAGGAUUUUGGUUCUUAUUCUGAUUGUUGUUGUUCUGAACAUUUUUGCAAUAAAUUUAACAGUUUCAUCUC